AUCCGUUGUCGUGGCGGAGCGGACGUUUGUUUUGCUUUUUCUCGAGUUGCUGUUUGGGAGCAGACGUGGAACUUCAGUAUUCGUCUGAAUUGUGGCUAUCACUGUGAGGAACUUAACGUUUGGACGAUAUCUGUGUUGUUUUUUUAGGAAACAGUAGCACUGAAGCAGUUGACUGCGCGCUAGUGGCUUUUUGAAGAAGAAGAAGGCGUGUCACCUCUGUGUGUCACGAGACUAUUCUGCUCGUUCCGAACGCGUGUUGUAGAACAUCACUUUGUCUGAGGAAGAAGGACACUUUUGGCGUUCGUGACUUCUCCUUCACAGCUGCAGGGACAAUGUCAUCCACUCCUUCCCGCCGUGACCGGAAGCGAAAACCGAAAGCAAAGCUCAGUUUCGGUUCCUCCAACGGUAGCUCGGGCAACCUGCCAUCCAACAUGUGUGCUAACCUGCCUGAACUCUUCCAACUCUUGAAGAUCCAGAACGAGGAAUUAGAGGUGUCAUCGCAGCUUAAUGGAAAUAUGCUGCACAGCUUUAAUGGGAUGUGUCACGAUACAACAGAGGGCAUUCAAGCCUCCUCAAAGAGGGAGUCCUUCUCCAUGGAGCGGGAGGUGGUUGGUUCGAAACCUGAAGUCUCCCUUUUAAGGGAGGACAAUCGACUGAAGGCAUUAUGCCUUGAGGAGCUUUAUUCGAGGGAGAAUUCAGGCAUUGAAGAGCUGGUUGAGAAGACUAGGUCUUUGCUAAGGGCUGAAGGCCCGUUGGAGGAGAGGGACAUUCUAAAAGGCAUUGGCCUGAAUCAAGACCAAAUAGCAUUGCUGCUCCCUACCACAUUAGGUGCACACCUGGUUGGAACACACAAGGGCUUCCAGUGCGCCAAAGAAGGACCUCAUGAGUACUUCUAUUACUGCUCGGAUGACGACGACGACGACAUUGCUUGUGACAACUCUGAUAGGGGCACAAGUGUGAAGUCUUCGGGCAUUACUACCACCACCACCACUACGUCCACGAAUACCUUGGCCAGUUCAACUGCAACUAUUGGCACAAACACUGUGGAGCACCAUAAUCUGCCAGCUGGCUGUAAAAGUUGGUGCAUGGCCCUUGAGAACAGCUCAUGCAGUAACUCUGCUUACGAGUCUGCAGAGGACGAGGAGGCCUGGGCAAUGCCGAGAUCUGCCACCCCCUUGUCAGUGGGAAGUGGAAUGUCACCUCCACCUGUGGUCAGGGCCCCAGUGGUGAGCCACAACCAAGAAACACAAACUGAACCACCUACAUCGCUGUGGAGGACUGUGGGUGUGAUGACUGACACCACUAGUUCUGCAUCAGUACAGAUCCAGACUGACCAGCCUGAUGAAGCUGCUGUCCUAAAAAUGGCUCUGAAAAAGCGUGAUAUUGAUAUCUCUGAUCUGCAAGAAGCCCUCCACCAGCAAUCUCACGAACAUAGGGAGGAAAUUCAGCAGCUGCACAACAAGAUUUCUAAGCUUCAAGUGCAGCUGCAGAAGGUUGCGGAGGAGAAACAGGCAUCACCACCAUUACCCUCGGUUAAGAAGCAAGCCUCCUCUAAGGAACCUGAAAUUCAUAGCCUUCUCAUUGAACCCAAGAGGGAGACUGUAUCCCUUACAACCAAUGGGGAUCGCAAAGCUUCGGACAAGAAUGAAUUCAGAGACUUCUACGAGAUCCAGAUGAAGAUGGACCAGCAGUCUGGAGGAGGAAGCUGUUCAGACCCAGAGUCCAUGUGGUCGAGUCGUGGAGGGUCCCCCAAGGGAAGCAAGCAGAAAUCUGCACAGGAGGAGAACAUAAUAAGGAGGCUGAAACGUGAAAAACCAAAUUUUACAGAAGCCCAUAUAAGGGAGUACCUGAACAAAUUCAGGGAGGAGCAGUGCGGCCUAACCGGAAUGACAGUCAAAGCAAUCGUGGCGGGCAUCCUUGCACUCAUGAAGAGUGACUCGCUAAGCACUGAUGUCCUGCCACACAUGAGAAAAAGAAGUGCAGCACUUCUCCUGGUUGAAAGGCAAGGCCAGGAGUUUGAACUACGCAAGUCGUCCUGCCGGAAAGGCGCUAAACUUCGUUCUGUACAGGACUGUGCUUGAGGGCAACUGCUGCAGUGAUAAAUUGUUCCCUACAGUUUGUGCUCAAGAAUUUUUGUAAUACAAAGGGUAGUCCAGUGCCAAGUUUUUUUAGUUUGUCUAGUCUUGCAGCCCUGGGGGAGGUGUGAUAAUAGGUGUGAUACAUGAGCACAGCUGAGAGGGUAUAGAUGUGCAUAGAGCAAAACUUGUGAGCAGAACACUGUUCACAAACUGUUUGUCGUGCUCAUUAGUGACUUCAUGGCGCAUGCUGCAAUAAACACUGCAAAUAUGGUAUGAUAUUGUGUGGAGUUUCACACAUUUGACACCAGGGUUUAGAAAAAGUCCAAUUCUCAAUGUCACUUUAAGUGUGGAAGAUUGACAUGACCUGGGCCCAGUUGCACAAAAUCCCUGACCACUCCAUGUAAGGCUGUAAAAUGCCCUGACACCUGAGCCCUGGUGAAGAUUUUUGGGUGGAAAAGAAAAGUAGAAACACACUAGAUCAACAUAGACUGUUUAGUAUCGAAGUCUGGAUGUGUGCCUUGUCAGAUUCAGCUUCACCUGAAGUGACUGACCAAUCAAUGUGGCAACAAAGGGUGUGCCAAAGCAUUGCCAUGAAUUGCAGUUUCUCCAUCUGGUUCCUGGUAGCAGUGGUAAGGAAUACACUGAAUUUCUUUUGGGGUGCUCAAGUUCUGAAACUAUCAGUACGCUUCAACACUACCUUAGCUAACUGUACAAAGAUGCAAUAUUGCAGUUGCAAUAUUUGACUAUAUUUGUAAAAAUGUUUGGGUUCAGAUUCUGUUGUACAUGGGAGAUUAAAACGUUAUUGGAGGA